GUAGAUUGCUUUAUCAGAAUUUUAUAAUCUAUACAAUGUAAAAAGCCGCGUCAUCUGUUCAAAAAUUCAGAAGAUCAGAGUCACGCCUAUAUUUCUCUCUCUCCCGUCACUCUCACUCUUCCUCUUCUGCUUCUUAUUAUUACAUCGAUCCUCGUUGUCCCUCCUCUGUUUCUUCAAUAUCUCUUUCUCUCCAACAAAAUCAAAAUCAAGAAAACAAAAAAGAAAAACUCUCAAGAAACAAUGGAUGCUUCAUUGUCUCCAUUCGAUCACCAAAAAACUCAAAACACAGAGCCAAAGAAAAGCUUCAUUACCUCACUAAUCACUCUCCGUUCAAACAACAUCAAAGAAGACACAUACUUCGUCUCAGAACUCAAACCCACGGAGCAAAAAUCACUUCAAGAACUCAAAGAAAAGCUCUCAGCUUCAUCCUCCAAAGCUUCUUCAAUGUGGGGAGUCUCACUCCUCGGUGGAGACGACAAAGCUGACGUAAUCCUCCUCAAGUUCCUCAGAGCAAGAGAUUUCAAAGUAGCAGACUCUUUGAGAAUGCUUGAGAAGUGUUUGGAGUGGAGAGAAGAGUUCAAAGCAGAGAAAUUGACAGAAGAAGAUCUGGGUUUUAAAGAUUUGGAAGGUAAAGUUGCUUACAUGAGAGGCUACGACAAAGAAGGACACCCAGUUUGUUACAAUGCUUAUGGUGUGUUUAAAGAGAAAGAGAUGUAUGAGAGAGUGUUUGGUGAUGAAGAGAAGCUUAACAAGUUUCUGAGAUGGAGAGUUCAGGUUUUGGAGAGAGGUGUUAAAAUGCUUCAUUUUAAACCUGGUGGUGUUAAUUCCAUUAUUCAAGUUACAGAUCUUAAAGAUAUGCCUAAGAGAGAGCUUAGAGUUGCUUCUAAUCAGAUCCUCUCUCUUUUUCAAGAUAAUUACCCUGAAUUGGUUGCUACUAAGAUAUUCAUAAACGUGCCUUGGUACUUCAGUGUGAUCUACUCAAUGUUCAGCCCAUUCCUGACUCAGAGAACAAAGAGCAAGUUUGUGAUGUCCAAAGAAGGCAAUGCAGCAGAAACACUCUACAAGUUCAUUAGGCCAGAAGAUAUUCCGGUGCAAUACGGUGGUCUUAGCCGUCCUACUGAUUCGCAAAACGGACCGCCAAAACCGGCGUCUGAAUUCUCCAUCAAGGGUGGUGAGAAAGUUAACAUUCAGAUUGAAGGCAUUGAGGGUGGAGCAACCAUAACAUGGGAUAUAGUAGUUGGAGGAUGGGAUUUAGAGUACAGUGCAGAGUUUGUUCCAAACGCUGAAGAGAGUUACGCGAUCGUUGUCGAGAAACCGAAGAAGAUGAAAGCUACAGAUGAAGCUGUUUGCAACUCUUUCACUACAGUAGAAGCUGGGAAGCUCAUUCUCUCUGUUGACAAUACUCUCUCUCGCAAGAAGAAAGUUGCUGCUUACCGUUACACUGUCCGGAAAUCUACUACAACCGUCUAAUCUAUAACCGGUUUUUCAGAAGAUUGGUUGCUUUCUUACUACUACUUUUUGUGGGUGUGUUGAGGGGUUUUCUUUCUUGGGUUUGAGUACUAGGUUUGUUUUGCUUACUCAACGGUUCAUGUUGAACCGGAAAUAUCGAUAAAUUUGCGAGGAAAUCAUAUGUAUAAAAACUAUGAUUUGUAUGACAUUUGAUGUUUGGCCUUAAUAUUUUAACUAGAGAUUGAAGUUUUAGUCUGCAAAGUGUAAGCUUAUGUACUCUCUUGUACCAUGUUUAGCUAUUGAAGACCAGUGGUCCAUUGCUUAUGUUUGUUGCAUUCUCAGUUAUUGUAUUCAGUUGUUUUGUAUCAGAAGCUGAACUAAGCAAUGGAAUUUCAUACAC